AUGCCGUCUGAAGAUGUUAGGAAAGACUUUAUUGUCGCAACGACCGGCAACUAUUUUGGUAUCCAAAGUUCUGACAAUGUUCUGGCUGAAGUUACUGCCUCGAAAGAGCUCAAUGUUUUCCUGGAUGAUGGAAAUUCGCCGGUUUUGGCUGCAAAAUACGACGUCCAUCAAGGAAAGAAAACGAUCAAUUUGUUAAACCAUGUCGAACCCAGUGACACUGCUGAGAAGGUAUUAGUGUUCUUCAAGCUUCGUCCGGAGGCCAUUACACCAGACAAUGUCCACGAAAAUGUUUUCGUCUCUUCGAUGCUUUCCUCGCCGGUGAACACCUUGUAUCAUUCCGUGCAGAAAUUAUUUGCUCCUUUGCUGCUAAAGGAUGAAAAAUGGAGCCGAAAUUUUGACCCGAAAUUACAGAGUUUGUUGAGCGAACUCGAAGCUGGGCUAGGAAGUGUAGUACGUAAACAGGACAGCUCAUCUUCGCGAGCAGCUAAUGUGGGCGAUGAAGAAAACCUCGGUGGUAUUUUGACUCCUCAAGACGAGUUUCAAUACUGGUCAGACGCAGCAGUAUCAGGCUAUGAUCUGUCUGAGAGGGAAAGAGCGUCUUUUUUCCAAGAAACUUUUCAGAAAGGAAAUGUCUCUCAAGACUUUUCCAAUCUUGAUGCAUUGGAUCUUGAUGAGACUCUAGAACUUCUGGAGUCUGCCCAAGAUUCUCUAGAUGAGAUUUGGAAACAAGAAGACCAUAAGCCUUACCCUGAGGCACGCAUGAAACAUCUCCUUGAUGUUAUGGCAGGGGCGUUGGGUCGUUAUGUUCAACGUAAACUUGGAAUGCUUGACAUCUGGCAUGACUCUUUCCAGCAAGUGAAAGAUUCCAUGCGCAAGGGGAUUACAGUUUGUGAAAGGUGGGUGUCCACUUGCAGUGAGACACUCACAUCGCAGUAUUGGAAAAGGUUUCCUCCUCACCCAUGGAGAGGUGAAAAAUUUGUUCCUGAAAAUUUGUUACAGCUUGCAGCAAGGCUAGAAGAGGUUCUUACACUGAGAACAGUUCAUGAACAGCUUGUCAGAUUGCUGUCAACUUCAGAGAGGCAGCAGUUGCGAACAUCAGAAGCCUUUCUUCCUUUCUCGGGACUAAAUCCACUGCACCACAAUCCCUACACAGAACCUCUGUGGAGGGCAGCUGUGGCACAGUACGAGAGGGGAAUGGCUCCUGCUGAGCAGAAAAUAGCUGGAAAGCUGCGACAGCAGCUCAGUAACUUGUCUGCAAUGAAGUCACAUCAGCUUUUGAGAGAAUUUCAGAGAUAUCAAGAGCUUGUGAAGAGGCCAAGUAUCCGGAAAGAAUUGGCUCCUGAAAGAGAAACACUUCUUGGUCAGUUGACAGUGUAUGUGAAGGGCAUUCGGGAUGACUUCAUUUCAAAGACUCAGAAUUCUUACUCAGGUGGAAAGGAUGGUGGUGGUCCCCCUCAGGGACGUAACAUGCCUGAGAUUGUCAAUAACAUUGUAUGGGUCAGACAACUUGACUCUAAGGUGAAAGAAACACUGAGCACUGCCGAGAGCCUAUUGGGAGACUUGUCUGGGUUUAAAGGCUUUAAGAGAGAAGCAACCGAGCUGAGCGAGGAGUUAGGCUCAUACUGCAAGGAUCAGUUUGAGAGCUGGGUUAGUGAAAUGAUGACAGCUAUUGAUGAUCCAAAACAACCUCUCAGCUUACAGACCAGUGGUCGAUUGAUGGAUCUGGACCAGAGGGAUGGGAAGUUGAGAGUUCAUUAUGGUGAUAGGCUUGUGACAUUAAUGCGAGAAGUUAGGCAGCUUUCUGCUCUGGGAUUUGCUGUUCCAGCUAAAAUACAACAAACAGCAAGCACAGCCAAUAAAUUCUACAGACAUGGCAUGAUCCUGAAACAGGUUGCUCAUUUCUACAACACAAUAGACCAGCAAAUGAUUCCAAGCCAGCAAUCCAUGAUGUUGGACUCAGCUCUGUCAUUUGAACGCCUGGUGAAGAAUCCCAAGACAGGCUCAAAAGAGAGUGGUGGAAAAACCCAGGUGACUUGGGACAAUCCACUUGAAUUGGAGGCUUACAUCGAUAAACUUCAAGCUGCCGCCGACAAGUUGACAUCAGAGAACAGGAGGCUACGCAAGUGUCAUUAUAACAUCAGUGACAAGGUUGUGAAUCUAAUGAGCAUCGAUCUGCUUAGACAGCAACCCCGCUGGAAAGAAGCUCUUGUGUCCUUAAGAGAGAUGAUGACAUCCCUUGUCCAACAGGGGUUUAAAGCAGACAACAUGAAGACCUGGAAGAUGCACUGGGAUCGUCAGCUGUACAAGACUUUAGAACAUCAGUAUCAGAUGGGACUUGAGGCCCUGAACGAGAAUCUGCCAGAGAUAAAAGUUGAACUGGUCUUUAGACAGCAAAAGCUACAAUUCCGUCCUCCACUGGAAGAAAUCCGAGCCAAGUAUUACAGAGAAAUGAGAAAAUUUAUUUCUAUUCCAAACCAUUUCCGAGGAGUCGGUGAAGACAACAGUAUCUACCCAAUCAUGAUUGAUCAAAACUCUGCAGGUUUUACAACUGUCUACAAGAAAGCAGAGGAUCUCUUCAGGCGUCUAGUGGAAGUACAGGAUCAGUUUAAGGACUGGGUAGUACUGGGGACUGUGGAUCUUGAGAAGCUGAUUGAGACUCACUUGCAGACUGUUCCAGACUGGGAGAGGAACUUCAAAGCCAUAAAGACUAAGGGGAGAGAAGCUGAAAAACUACCUUUGAAUAUAAAGGUUGACUGCAUCAGUGUUUCUACUUCACCUGUCAAGUCAACAAUCGACGACCUCAUACAGCAGUUAUUUGAUGCGCUGUUGACGUCUCUGCGGCGCUCCAUAACAAAUGAAGUGCAGAUCAUUGACACCUUUUUGACAUCUGCCACGGAAGCUCUUUCAUCCAGGCCACAAACUGUUGAGGAGAUAGGAGAGGCCAAUGCCAAACAUGCAGAACUGGCCACAGAGAAAUUAAAGGUUUUCCCAUUAUUUGAAAAAGCUGAAUCCAAGAACAAGUUGUUGCGUUCAGUUGCUGGCGGAGGGGUGGAUCAGAUUGGCCAGCUGCAGGCGAGGUGGGACAAGUUUGAAAUGAUGAUGGAGAGUCAUGAACUGAUGGUUAAAGAACAGGUGGAAGUGAUGAAGAGCAAUGUCGAGUCAAGGGUGCAGGCCUUCCAACAAGAACUGGACAAAUUCAGUGCCCGCUGGCACCAACUGAAACCCCGUGACAUCGAUGAGUACAAGGACAAACAGUCGUGCCUGGCAGCAGUCAAUUCAAUCAAUGAGAGAAAGGCAGAGUUUAGUGAACUGGAGGAAACGAUGAAAAAGCUCAUCUUUGAAUGUCAGCACUUUGGCGUUGCUGAGCCUCAGUUUACGGCAGCAGAAGAACUCAAAGUCGAUAUCUCUCAACAUGAAGCAAUGUGGGGACUGUAUGAAGAGUUCAGUAACGGAUUGGAGGAGCUGGCUAAGGAAGACUGGAUAUCAUUCAGGGGUCAUCUCUAUAGAUUUGAUGACUUUUUGACGGCUUGGUCCGAGAAACUAAGAGCUAAGGAACCAACAAGUAUGACUGUGAGACUGCAGAAAGAUGUCGACAAAUACAAGAACAUUGUUCCUCUUCUAAAGUAUGUCCGUGGAGAGGCGUUAUCUCCUGACCACUGGUUAGAGCUUUUCAGGCUUCUGAAGAUGCCCAGAGGUACCAUCUUGGAGAAGCUGACAUUUGGAGAUGUUCUCGAGAGUGCUGAUCAAAUCAUUGCACACGCUGAUGCUCUUAAGGAACUAAACAGUCGGGCUCAAGGAGAAGUUUCAAUCAGGGAAGCCCUUAGAGAAUUGGAACUGUGGGGUGCUGGUGCUGUAUUCUCUCUCACGUCAUACGUAGACUCACACAACAAAGAAUUAUCCAUCAUCAAGGACUGGAAAGAUCUGGUCAAUCAGGUUGGUGACAACCAAUGCCUGCUGCAGUCAUUAAAGGACUCUCCUUACUAUAAAGGGUUUGAAGACAAAGCUUCCUUAUGGGAAACCCGUUUAGCCGACCUUGAUGAGUAUCUUCACAACCUUAACCAAAUCCAAAGAAAGUGGGUUUAUCUGGAGCCCAUUUUCGGCCGGGGAGCUCUCCCCAGAGAACAGGGAAGAUUCAAGAGGGUGGAUGAUGAUUUUAGGGCCAUCAUGCACGACGUUUCAAAUGACAACCGAGUGUUGUCACUUGUGGCUCAGUCAGGCAUCAGAAACACUUUGGUUACACUCUUAGAUCAGCUGCAGAGAUGUCAGAAGUCUCUUAAUGAAUUUCUUGAGGAAAAGCGCGCGCUCUUCCCACGGUUUUAUUUCAUCGGUGAUGACGAUUUACUAGAGAUUCUUGGUCAAGCUACCAACCCACUAGUGAUUCAGUCGCACCUGAAGAAACUCUUCGCAGGGAUACACAGUGUUGUGUUUGAUGAUGGAUGUAAGACCAUUAUGGCCAUGAAGUCCCUGGAUGGGGAAGUUGUCCCUCUCAAGAGGCCAGUCACAAUAACUCCAGAGGUUGAGGUUUGGCUCGGUGAUCUUGCUACUGAAAUGAAAGACACACUGAAAAAGCUGGUGGUUGAUUGUUUAAAUGCCAGCAGGAAAGGAGGAUCGAGUGGUGGAGUUGACCCUUCCAAGUUCCCCUCACAGAUACUUUGCCUUGCUGAACAAAUUCAGUUCACAGACCGCUGCGAGGCGGCCAUCAAAAGCAACUCCCUCCAAGAGUUUCAGAUCGAGAUGGAGUCCCAACUGGAAUCUUACACAAACACUGAGAUCGGAGGAGGGAACUCAUCUGACUCGGAAUCUCGUGUUUUGGAACUCAAGCUGAAGGCGCUGAUCCUGGAUACGAUUCACGCCAUUGACGUGGUACAGCAGUUGAUCAAGCACGGAGUCAAGUCACUGGACGACUGGAUUUGGCAGAAACAACUUAGAUUUUACAUGCAGAAACAAAGGGAAAUCUGUUUGAUUCGAAUGUGUGAUGCCGAAUUCUACUACACUUACGAAUAUCAAGGAAAUGCGGCCAAACUUGUGCACACUCCUCUCACGGACAAGUGUUACCUAACUCUCACCCAGGGCAUGCACAUGGGGCUUGGUGGAAACCCAUAUGGGCCGGCAGGAACCGGAAAGACUGAGUCAGUUAAAGCUCUGGGAGGCUUGUUUGGCCGGCAGGUUCUUGUUUUCAACUGUGAUGAGGGUAUUGAUGUCAAAUCCAUGGGUCGUAUCUUCAUCGGGCUGGUGAAAUGCGGAGCGUGGGGCUGUUUUGAUGAGUUUAAUCGUCUGGAGGAAGCCGUGUUGUCUGCUGUGUCUAUGCAGAUUCAGACCAUACAAGCUGCGCUUAAGAGUAAACUGUCCUCGACUGAGCUGCUCGGGAGACAGGUUGAGUUAGAUCCUAAUUCAGGGAUCUUCAUCACUCUAAACCCGGCGGGUAAAGGCUACGGGGGACGUCAGAAACUUCCAGAUAAUCUGAAGCAGUUAUUCCGUCCUGUGGCCAUGUCUCGACCCGACAACGAACUGAUUGCUGAAGUAAUCAUGUUCUCAGAAGGGUUUAAGGAAGCCAAGAGCUUAGGGAGAAAACUGGUGGCCAUUUUCAAUUUAUCAAAGGAACUGUUAUCCCAACAGCAACAUUAUGAUUGGGGGUUGCGUGCACUUAAGACUGUUCUGAGAGGAUGCGGAAACCUGUUACAGUCGCACAAACAGACGAACGGGCAAGUGAAUGCUAAGGUGGAGGCUCGCUUAGUUGUUCAAGCCCUCCGUGUGAACACACUAUCCAAGCUGACGUUCGCAGAUUCCAAGAGGUUUGACUCCCUUGUUCGAGAUAUCUUCCCUGGUGUGGACUUCAAAGGCGUCGAGUAUGCUGAAUUGGCGGAGGCACUGAGAACCUCAGCUCAGGAAUCCAACUUGAUGGUCAUGGAAACUCAGGUGAAGAAAGCACUCGAGUUGUACGAGCAGCUUCGCCAGAGGAUGGGUGUUGUGGUCAUUGGUCCAUCGGGCUCAGGAAAAAGCACCAUCUGGAAGCUGCUACGCCUUGCCCUUGGCAAAGUGGGCCAGACAGUGAAGCACUACACCAUGAACCCGAAGGCGAUGCCGCGAACUCAGCUUCUAGGACAGAUUGACAUGGACACUCGCGAGUGGUCGGACGGAGUUCUAACGAAUGCUGCCCGGCAAGUCGUUCGUGAACCAAUCGAUAUCCAGUCGUGGAUCGUCUGUGAUGGUGACAUUGAUCCGGAAUGGAUCGAAUCGCUGAACUCAGUUCUGGAUGACAACAGAUUGCUGACAAUGCCCUCCGGUGAAAGGAUUCAGUUUGGUCCGAAUGUGAACUUCCUUUUUGAGUCUCAUGACCUGAGUUGUGCGUCACCUGCUACGAUUUCGCGUAUGGGGAUGAUAUUUUUAAGUGAUGAAGACACCGACGUCAAAGCUCUGGUCAAAUCUUGGCUCCAGAGCCAACCCGAGGAGGAUCGUCGCAUGUUGGAAGCGUUCUUAGAAGAUCAUUUUUACAAGGCAUUGGACUGGGUGCUAAAACAGAACGAGUUUGUAGUGGAGACAAGCUUGGUUGGCGUGGUCAUGAAUGGCCUGUCCCACAUGCAUGGCGUCAAGGUCAAGUCAGAGUUCGCCUGCAGUUUGAUCAGAGGAUUGGGAGGCAACCUGUCUUCAUCAGCCAAAACUGCAUUCGCUAAGGAGGUGUUUCAUUGGACUCAUGAGAUGCCGCCGGAUCAGAAGAGGCCGUUGGACACAUAUUAUGAUAACGACAGAGGAAGACUGGCUUCAUAUCAGUUGGAGGUCCCAGACUCGCUCAGUGUAAACGACCUAAAUCAAAACUCAGGUCUUUUGCCAGUUAUUCAGACCGCGGACAUCAAGAGAGGUCUGGACAUGUUUUCUCCCUGGCUUCAUCCGGAUCAAAAGAAGCCUUUCCUGUUGGUCGGUCCAGAAGGGUGUGGCAAGGAGCUUCUGUUGAGGCACUGUUUUGAGCAACUUCGCUCGACCCAAGUCGCUGUGGUGCACUGUAGUGCCCAGACCUCUCCCAUGCAUGUUCUUCAGAAGCUUCAGCAGUGCUGUAUGGUGAUUAGUUCCAACACUGGCCGAGUGUACAGGCCAAAGGACUGUGAAAGACUGGUACUCUACCUCAAGGACCUCAACCUGCCAAAACCGGACAAGUGGGGAACUAGUCAGCUCAUUGCCUUUUUACAGCAGGUCCUGACCUACAAGGGAUUCUAUGACUCGAAUCUUGAAUGGGUUGGUCUUGAAGGUGUUCAGAUUGUGGCAUCCAUGAGCGCUGGGACUGGCAUGGGGAGACACCAGCUGACAACCAGAUUUACAUCCAUCGUCGGUGUAUGUUCCAUAGGCUAUGCUGAUCGAGAUCAGCUGCAAGCAAUCUACAGUGCAUACCUUCAGCCCGUGUUAAGUUCAUCCCUGAAGUCCCAUCCAGUGUGGGGUGCGGUAAAAAAUGUCCACACUUUGGCCGGCUCAAUGGUUUCUGUGUACGAACAGGUUCGCUCCAAGUUUACUGUCGACGACUUUUCUCACUACCUGUUCACCCCGCGUGAUCUGACUAAUUGGAUCCAAGGUCUUUUGCGGUACAAUCUGGACUCAGGAUCUGGGGAUAGCUCCACUCAGCAUCUCUUGGAAAUCUGGGCUUACGAGGCACGUCGUCUUUUCAGGGACAGACUUGUUGGAAAACAAGGCCUAGAUAAAUUCGACAGCAUUCUAGCCUCCCAGCUGCGUGCUGAUUGGUCUGUUACUCUUGAUCGCCUUGACAACAAGUAUUAUGUCACGUGGGGUAGCAGUCUCACUUCUGCAUCAGCACCCUCAAGUAAUGCCGGGAAAGAGGGUGAAGCGCCUGUAGCCACGACGUCUGGGGGCUCACUUCCGCCUCAAGGAAAGAUGCUCGGGAAACUGGAUCCGAAGGACUUAGUGCAAGUAAUCAGCAAAGGAAUGAAGACCUAUGCGCGUGAAAACCGUGAGCUAGACAUCCUCAUUUUCAAAGAAGUCCUGGAAAACAUUGCCCGUGUCGAUCGCACACUCACCAAACCUGGCGGCUCGCUUCUCAUGGCUGGCCGAAGUGGUGUUGGAAGGAGAACAGCGGUUGCUCUGGUUGCUCACAUGCACAACGUUCAACUAUUUACACCCAAAGUAUCCAGAGCUUAUGGACUGAAACAGUUCAAGACUGACCUUAAGUCGGUCAUGCAGCUGUCUGGUAUCGACGGAGAACAAGUAGUUCUUCUCCUGGAAGAUCAUCAGGUCGACCCAUCAUAUUUAGAGCUUAUCAACAGUCUACUCAGUGCAGGUGAAGUUCCCGGUCUCUACACUCCUGAGGAGUUGGAACCCCUGUUGGGUCCCCUUCGGGAUCUUGCGUCACAAGAUGGUUUUCGUGGCACGCUUGUCUCGUACUUUGCUUCCCGUGUGCGAAGGAAUUUGCACGUUGUGUUAAUCAUGGAUUCGUCUUCCAAGAAUUUCACGGCUAACUGCGAGUCCAAUCCAGCGUUCUACAAGAACUGCUCGUUCCAGUGGAUGGAACGUUGGAGUAAAGAGAGCAUGGCACAAAUACCCGGGAUGCUUCUCUCUGAUGAAGGGCUACGCAGUGAUGAAGGUACUAAGGGUAAAGAUGGCAAGUCUGGUGUUGAGGAGCUGGUGAAGAACUUCCUUCAAAUUCACGAGUCGUGCAGUGAUAAAGACGCGGCCCCAAGACGCUACAUGACUUUCCUGAAGACUUACAAACGAGUUUAUAACGAGAAGAAGGAUGGAGUGGUGAAACGACAGCAGCAUUUACAGGCUGGUGUGUCAAAGCUGACCGAUGCUAAGGCGCUGGUGGAUGAUCUGAAACAGAAGGCAGGAGAACAGAGCCGACAGUUGGCUGACAAACAGGAAGAGGCUGAUGCAGCGCUCAGGGAAAUAACCGCCAGCAUGCAGCGUGCUAGCGAGUCCAAAAGUGAGAUGGAGACGCUCAAACAAAAACAAGGGGAAGAGUCUCUUAAGCUGGAGAAAAGAAAGAAGGCCAUCGAAAUUGAGUUGUCAGAGAUUGAACCGCUCGUCCAAGAAGCAAAGGAUGCUGUUGGUGACAUUAAACCUGAGUCACUCUCUGAGAUACGCUCCUUACGCAUGCCUCCAGAUGUCAUCCGGGACAUCCUAGAGGCUGUGCAAAGACUGAUGGGAAUUUUUGAUACAUCCUGGGUCAGCAUGAAAAGUUUCCUGGCCAAGCGUGGUGUUAAGGAUGAAAUCUGUUCGUUUGAUGCUCGAAAAAUCACUCCUGACAUCAGAGCAAGUGUGGAAGAACUCCUGGAGAAAAAUGCCAACUCAUUUGAUCCGAAGAUUGCAAAGAGAGCCAGUGUGGCAGCUGCUCCAUUGGCUGCCUGGGUGGUAGCUAACGUGAAGUUCUCUGUGGUCCUGGAGAAGAUUGAACCGCUAGAAAACGAGCAGGCGCAACUGGAGAAAAAUCUCGCCAAAUCUCAACAAAGGCUGGUGAAGCUUGGCAAUGCCUUGGACAAAGUAGAUAGAGAAGUUGCCGAAAUGCGUAAAAGGUUCGAGCUGAGGACUCAGGAAGCAACGCAGCUGAAGAUGGAGCUUGACAAAGCGCAGGAGACAAUUCAAGCUGCUGAGACACUUGUUUCUAAACUGGAUGGUGAAUUCAAAAGAUGGUCAGGACAGGUCCACGAGCUCACCGCUGAACUGGAACAACUUCCAAGGCGGGCUCAGCUGGCUGCUGGAUUCAUCACUUACCUGAGCAGUGCCCCAGAAGACGUGAGGAAGGCCACCAUGUCUAAAUGGUGCGAGGCAGCAGGACUCCAGGGAUUUGACUUCAGAAGGUUCAUGAGUACUGAGAGUGAGCAGCUUGGAUGGAAAGCUGAGGGGCUGCCAUCUGAUGACCUCUCCAUGGAGAACGCACUUGUUAUCUUGAAGAGUACCAUGAGACCGUUCCUGGUGGAUCCAUCAUGCCGCGCAACAGAGUGGCUCAAAACAAAUCUGAAGGAGCAGAGACUGGAAGUCAUCAACCAACAGGACUCGAAUUUCUCCACUGCCUUGGAACUGGCUGUACGGUUUGGUAAGACGCUUGUCAUUCAGGAAAUGGAUGGCGUGGAACCUGUCUUGUACCCAAUCCUACGCGGAGACUUCAUCAGCCAAGGUCCGCGAUAUGUUGUUCAAAUUGGUGAAAAAGUUAUUGACUAUAACGAGGACUUCAAACUGUUUAUGACCACAAGGAAUCCUAACCCUGAGCUUCCCCCGGACGGGUCUGCUAUCAUCUCUGAAGUGAAUUUCACCACCACACGGGCUGGAUUGACAGGACAGUUGCUGGGAAUAACCAUCCAACACGAGAAGCCACAACUUGAAGUACAGAAGACUGAACUGCUGCGGAAAGAAGAAGAACUGAAAGUGCAGUUAGCCGAGCUGGAGGAAUCGUUACUAGAGACAUUGGCCAGCGCCGAAGGUAACAUCUUGGAGAACAAAGUUUUGUUGGAGUCAUUGAACAAAACCAAGGCGAGCUCCAUGACUAUUGCAGAGUCACUCCAAGAUGCACACAGAAUACAGACUACGCUGGAUCAGGAGCGUGACGCAUACUUACCUCUAGCUGAGAGUGGCAGUACCCUGUUCUUUGUCAUCAGCGACCUGGCCAAGCUGAACAACAUGUAUCGCUUUAGUCUGAGUGCUUUCCUGAGGCUUUUCCAACGAUCGCUGGAAACAAAACAGGAAUCUAGUAGCACAGAACAAAGGAUUAAAUCACUACGAAGUUCCCUGCAGUCACUGGUCUACGAAUAUGUUUGUAGGUCUCUUUUCAAGGCCGACAGGUUGAUGUUUGCCUUACAUUUAGUACACGGAAUGCAUCCAGAGCUGUUUGAGGCACAGGAAUGGGAAUAUUUCACUGGUUUGCUGGUUUCAGAUAGCGUGUUUAAAAGACAGGAAUCCAUGAAGAACCUCCGAGACAGUCUUCCGUCAUGGAUCGAUUCUGAUCGUGCUGCUGCUGUAGGAUCACUCAAGAACACCUUUCCAAACUUGUGUAAGACUCUUCAGCUGGACAGCUCAGACUUGUGGAUGCCGUUUCAGCGUAGUUCCCAGUGUGAGCAAGACAUCCCUCCCGCUGUGGCCAAGAAGAUCAGCCUCUUUCAGCAGGUGUUGAUUGUCCAAGCUUUCAGACCGGACCGUUUGCAGAGCGCGAUGAGUCUUUUUGCUUCAAAGGCACUGGGAAUGAAAGAGCUGUCCCCUCCAGCCCUGAACCUCAAAAGGCUUGUAAAGGAAACAGUUCCAGGAGAACCGAUCUUGAUUGUGAUCUCGCCUGGAGCAGACCCCUCUCAGGAAUUACAAGAUACGGCUGCUGACGUCAUUGGAGUGGACAAAUACCAUCAGGUGGCCAUGGGUCAGGGCCAAGCGGACAUUGCCCUUCAGCUUCUUCAUGACUGUGGCAGGAAUGGGGAGUGGCUGUGCUUGAAGAACCUCCACCUUGUUACCUCUUGGCUUCCGGUCCUGGAGAAAGAAUUGAAUUCCCUGGAGCCUCAUGAAAACUUUCGUCUGUGGCUAACAGCUGAGACGCAUCCGAAGUUUCCUACAAUCCUUCUGCAAACUAGUCUUAAAGUCACUUACGAGGCUCCACCAGGAAUUAAGAAAAAUCUUCAACGAACCUACGACUCGUGGAGUCCGCAGUUUAUCAGCCGUGGCAACUCUUCCAUCAGAGCGCAGGCGCUGUUUGUGCUGGCUUGGUUUCAUGCUAUAGUGCAAGAAAGAAGAAACUACAUUCCACAGGGUUGGACAAAGUUUUAUGAGUUCGCUUUUGGUGACUUGCGCGCGGGAGCUGAUAUCAUCGACAGACUUUGCACAGCUGCCGGUUCAGGGUCUGUUCGAUGGAAGUUUGUUCACGGUUUAUUUGAAAAUGCCAUUUACGGGGGUCGCGUUGACAACACGUUUGACGCCAAGGUUCUUCAAUCUUAUCUGCUGCAGUAUUUUGAACAAGCUGUCUUUCCAGGCCAGGGAGGAAGCCGAUCCAAAGCUAAGAAAGUGAUUCCAAAUGUGACUCUGCCGACAUCUUGUCAUCACAGGGAUUAUUUGGAGAUUAUUAACUCGCUUCCCGACGAUGAUAAGCCGUCCUUCUUUGGACUACCAGCAAACAUCGAGCGAUCUUCGCAGAGAAUCAUCAGCUCUCAGGUGAUAGGUCAGCUCAAAGUGUUGAUGCGCUCCAACCUGGAGGCGAGCAAGUUUGACAAAGAAAAGUGGUCCACUGAGCUGUCGCCGAUCUUGAACUUGUGGAAGAAACUCAACCAGGGCUCCCAACUGAUUCAAAUGAAAAUCUCGGCACCAACGGAGACUGGUGAGGAAUCUCCAGUGACGUCAUUCGUGCAGCUUGAGCGUUACAAUGCAAUCCGAUUGGUACAAAUCGUGCACGCGUCUCUCUCCUCCCUCAGUAAGGUCAUCCGAGGAACGGCAUUGCUGGAUGCUGAUGUUCAGGCUUUAGCGGGGGCUUUACUCAAACAAGAGGUCCCUCUCUCUUGGAGCAAUCGUUUCGAGGGCCCCGAGGACCCUAUUCAGUGGUUGAGGUCCCUAGUUGCAAAGUCCCUAGCACUAGGCUCCUGGGUGGAGAAGUGCAGCUCAGAUUCCUUGUUAAGGGACGUGUUGGACCUCUCAGACCUUUUCCAUCCAGAUACGUUCCUCAAUGCCCUACGUCAGCAAACAGCACGAGCCAUGAAAACGUCCAUCGACAGUUUGAAACUUGCUGUGUCUUGGAAGGGAUCGCAGAUACCUGGAGCCAAGUUUACAGUCAAGCUCGGUGGUCUUCAGUUGGAAGGUUGUAGCUUUGACGGUAAUACACUGACAGAAAAUCAGCGAGACUCGCCCAGUGUUUCAGCGAUCCCCACUGCUGAGGUGGCCUGGGUGCCAAAGGAUACCGCUGACCCUUAUCCAGAGAACGAAUGCAUUUCGAUCCCAAUCUACUACAGUGCUGACCGAGACAAGACAGUCACGUGUUUCAACAUGCCGUGUGGCGGUAACCAGAGCAGGUGGACCCAGUGUGGUGCGGCACUUUUUUUAAAGAGUCAGUAAAAUGAUCUGGACACUAGAGUUGUACUUAUGUUUGGAGUACAAGUGGUAUUGUGUUAAGCAUGAAUGUUUGGCUUCUACUGAAUAAAAGAGUUGCUUCCUUCCUUUGUGCUUUUUUUUUUAUGUCGCUCCCCACUGGGGUGCAAGAUAAAAAGUUUUCUUAUGCUAAAUUGAAAUUUACUGGCCUGAAAGUGUUCACAAGAGGAAUCGUGUUGUUUAGCAAUCAUUUCCGUCGAUCUUUACUGAGACUAAACUAUCGAAUGUAUCUGAUGUCUGCCAGAUCUUUCAUAUGGCGUUUAUCAAUCACCAUUAAACUUAUAAGUCAGUCCAA